GGAUUCACUGUCUCAGACUUCAGUCCUCCCAGAGACUGGUGGACAGACAGGCAGAUAGGAUGCAGAAAGCAGUGAUUCUGGUUUCCUUGCUGGUCCUGGGUUGGACCUGGACCCUCCAGGGGCUCCCUGUACUCCCAGAUCCUCUCUACUCCACGCAGGAGAACUUUGAUCUGGCCCAGUUUCUAGGAACAUGGUAUGACGUUGCCGUGGCAAGUACAUGUCGCCAUAUUCAAAGUCACAGGGGAGAUGCAGCCAUCGGUAAACUGGUACUGCAGAGAGGCACCACUGAAGGCAAACUCAAGAUGACUCGAACUGUACUCAGACAUGGAGCAUGUAAGGAGAUGUCUGGGGACUAUGAGCUGACCACCACACCAGGACGAUUCUCCUACCAUAUUGCAAGGUGGAGGGCAGACGUGGAUGCCUAUGUGGUUCACACGAACUACAACGAGUAUGCGAUAGUGAUUAUGAGCAAACAGAAAUCACAAGGGGAGAAAAGCACCUCACUUAAGCUUUACAGUCGAACUAUGACCGUGAGAGCCACUGUGCUGGACGACUUCAAAACACUGGUCAGACAACAGGGAAUGAGUGAUGACACUAUUAUCAUUAAGCAAAACAAAGGUGACUGUGUUCCUGGGCAGGUGGUAGAGCCGUCAGCUCAACCUGAGCCUCAGCGGGUGAGGAGAAGUGUGUUGCCUACGUUGGCUUCUGCAGACGUGGAGGGUUCUGGUGAUGAUUCACCUCUUUUCAAUGGAAGCGUGGCCUGUAAAGCAGCACCAGAUACAGGACCAUGUUUUGGGCUGAUCCAGCGUUACUUCUACAACUCCUCCUCAAUGAGCUGCGAACUCUUCAAGUAUGGAGGGUGUUUGGGCAACCAGAACAACUUUGAAAAUGAGAGAGAGUGUCUGCAGAGAUGUCGCACAGAAGCUGUGUGCCGUCUGCCAAUGGCAGCGGAACCCUGCACAGGCCAGCCUCCCAUCUGGGCGUUUGACUCCAGCGUCGGUCUGUGUGUGCCCUACAAACAGGGCUUCUGUCAGGCCAAUGCCAACAAGUUCUACAGCAAGGCCGAGUGUGAGGAGUACUGCGGUGUGGUGAAUGAUGAUGGAGAGCUCCUGAAAGCAAAUUGAGCGACGUGAGGAAACGUCGCUGCUCAUCUGAACUCAUACAGAGAUGCAACAUGAAAGAAAAUAUGUCAAGUUAUAUUCCAACACCAAUAAAACAAGUUACGCUGUU